AUGAAUGUGCUCUCUUGGAAUAUCAGAGGCAUUAGUUCUGCUAUGCCUCUUCUUUUCCAUUGCUGCAGUACAUACAGAUCGAGCUUUCUCGGUAUUUUGGAGCCUAAGACUCAUUUCUCUGGUAUUUUGAGUUCUUAUUGGCGCUCUUUCAACUUCUCUCCUGUUCAUCAGAAUGAUCGUGGGAGGCGUUCGUCUAACAUCUGGUUUUUUGCUGAUCAUUCUUUAUCUCCAGAUGUGCUUUUCUCCUCUGACCAGGUGGUGGUAAUUAGGUGUGUGAUUAUGGGGAUUGAUACUACUUUGGCCUUUACUCAUGCUUCUUGCAAUUACAUUGAGCGGCGCCAACUCUGGCUAGAUAUUAAGCCCUUUAUUGCGGGCUCCUUUCUUAUGAUUGGCGACUUCAAUUCGAUUUUGGGCGCCCAUGGACGUAGAGGUCGCCGUGUUCCUGCUUCUACUCCUUGUAGCGAGUUCCAUACUUUCAUAGAGAAUCAUGAUUUGAUUCAGCCGGAGUCUUCUGGUCCUUUUUUCACUUGGACUGACCGCCGGCGAUUCCCUUCUCCGAUUGAGUCUAUUCUUGAUAGAGUUCUUUUCUCUCAGAAUUUCUCGGACAUCUGGUUUUUUUCUUCUAUUCUGGUUCUUCCUCGGCUUGGCUCUGACCACUCUUCUAUCAUGUUGAGAUGCCAGGACACGGCCUCUGCCCCUGUAUGCCGCCGUUUCCGCUUUCUGAAUAUGUGGUGCUCUCAUGAGGAUUUUUUGGAUCAGGUUAGGGCUUCUUGGAAUAUUCCUAUUGAUAGUCUGUGCCCACUGGUUAGAGUGAUGAAGAAGCUGAAGCGUCUUCGUUCUGUUCUCAAAGCCUGGAACAGGGAUACUUUUGGGAAUUACAAUAUUGCUUUGGUUGAGCUGCAGCAGGAUUUGGGCUCCCUUCAAGAAGGGAUUGAUGCGCAUGGUUACACCUCUGAUUUCUUUGAUCAGGAGGUUGCUUUGCAAGCUUGGAUUGGCACGAUUCUCAUGCAUAAAUCCGAUCACCUGAGACAGCAAAGUCGGAUCUCUUGGCUCUCUGAUGAUGAUAGGAAUACCCGUUUUUUCCAUUCUAUGGUUAAAUGGCGUAGAUCCGAUCAAUCCAUUAAGAAGCUCAGCAUUGACGGCGUCAUUUUGGAGGACACGGAUACUAUGACUGCUCAUGUGGUUGACUUUUAUGAGACUCUUUUCUCUGAGCCUGUUUCUGGGUUAGUGGAUAGAUCCUGGAUUUCGAACUACAUUCCCGGUUCUGUUUCUUCGGCUCAUUCUGCUUUGCUCACGGCCCCUUCUUCGGCUGAAGAUAUUCGUUUGGUAGCCUUCUCCAUGGAUAGGGAUAGUGCGCUUGGCCCAGAUGGUUUUAAUGAGGCCUUCUUUCAGCAUUCUUAG